CGUUAGCUGUCAUAACAAAGCAAAUGAAGACGGAACGCACGAUUUGAAUUUCAAUAUCUCCCCACCACGAAGACCAGCUUUCACCAUGGGCACAGCGAUGUUCGCUCGAGUUACCUUCUACCCGACGCUGUUGUACAAUGUUUUGAUGGAGAAGGUGACCAGCAGGCGCUGGUACGACAGGAUGGACGACACCGUCAUCCUCGGGGCACUUCCAUUCACGGGAAUGACAAAACAGUUGGUGGAAGAAGAAAACAUAAAAGGGGUAGUGUCUAUGAAUGAAACAUAUGAAUUAAAGAUAUUCUCAAAUGAUGCAGAGAAAUGGCGGGAACACAACGUAGAGUUCCUGCAACUGGCCACCACGGACAUAUUCGAAGCGCCCGACCAGGACAAACUGUAUGAAGGAGUCCGGUUUAUUAACAGGUUCGUCCCCGCCAGCGGCGCGGUGGGGGGUGCGGGGGGCACGGUGUACGUGCACUGCAAGGCGGGCCGCACGCGGAGCGCCACGCUGGUCGGCUGCUACCUCAUGAUGAGGAACGGCUGGUCUCCAUCACAGGCAGUGGAGCACAUGCGCGCGCGUCGGCCGCACAUCCUGCUGCACACCAAGCAGUGGCAGGCGCUUGACAUCUUCUACCGCACGCACGUCCGCGCGUAACGUGCGGCGCGCCGCAGCACCUCGGCGUAGUACCGCAGUGAGAGUAGGACCUCUGGAUCAGCCGUAUACGACUGCUACUAACCUAUGCUACGAGGACUUUAUUGCCCUUCAUCAUCAUCAUCAUUAACAGUCGAUGGACGUCCACUGCCUGACAUAGGCCCCUUGUUCUGACUCCCAAACACAACGGUCUUGAGCCGCCAGCAUCCAGCGUCAUGCAACCCGCUUGAUGUCCUCAGUCCUCCUAGUGGGGGGUCGACCAACACUGCGCGUACCGGUGCGGGGUCAGGACCCCAACGUACAUUUGUUUAUUAUAACUUGAACACAGUGAAUGAUGCUUAGUAAAUAAUUAAAUAAAUAGAUAGCCAUAUAACAAUACUUAUAUAUUUAUUUAUUUGAGACUGGAUGUAGGACAAAAGCAAUAUUUUUAUGGCCAACUAGUUGUAAAAGGCUAGCUCAUAGUCAUAUGCAAUAAUAUUGUCAAUAAAGUUGCCUGAAGUCGUACGGAUAGCUGCACACAUGCAAUAAUGUUAUCAAUAAAGUUGCACUAAAUCAUUCGUCUUUUGAUAAUGAAACUGAAUUGAAACGAAUUGCUUGAAUUUGUGAAACUUUAAGCAACCUUUCCAAAUUAACGUACUGAUGAUAUUAUUGUGUCUAUGCAAAAGACCCUAGUUUGUACUAAUGAAUAGUAUAAAGUAUAUGUGAUCAAUGACAUAUUUUUACUGUUGUGAAGUAUUAACAUCAUUGUCAGAACAUUAUUUGACAUUGUUUAUAAUAUAAUGUGUAUUUAUAGUUUUUAUUAAAUUAUUUAAUAAAUAAAUUAUUAUUAUACCAA